UGUCACUUUCAACACAUCAUUCAUGCAAAAUCAAUCCCCACUUCCCACUUAUUACAACAAGUGAUAUUUAAACUUUGCUUUAUUUGCUUAUCAUUACAGACAAAACAAACCACAUCCCCAUGCAUUACUUCCCCCCCACCCUAUGCUAACAAAGCAAACAACCAACAGAUGAAGUUUGUGGUCCACACCCUUCCCUCUUCUUUUUCUACCCUUUUUGGCUCCAUAUAAACUCUCAUUCCCUCACAAUGCUCCCAGAGACAACCUCUAACCGUUUUCUUGCCCCCAGCAUCUUCUUCUUCUUCAUACUUGUCAAAACUCAUAAUGGAGAUCAAGAGUAGAGACAGGAGGCAAGUGUCAAUUGAGAAGGUGAGGAGAGACAGUCCGGUUGAAGUAGAAGAGGAGGAAGAGGAGGAGGAUGAAAGUGUGGCUGGCGUUGAGGGCUGUCUUGCAGAAGAUGAGAGGAAGAAGGGUGGGGCAGGUGGUGGGAGAAGAGGGUCUACUGGAGGUGGAGUUUCUCCACCUUCUUGUCAAGCAGAGAUGUGUGGUGCUGAUUUGACUGUUGCAAAGAGGUACCAUCGCCGCCACAAGGUGUGUGAGCUUCAUUCCAAGGCACCUUUUGUGAUGGUUGCAGGAAUGAGGCAGAGGUUUUGCCAGCAAUGUAGCAGGUUCCAUGAGCUGGCAGAAUUUGACGAAGCAAAAAGAAGCUGCCGGAGACGCUUGGCAAGACAUAAUGAACGGCGCCGGAAGAGCAAUGCUGAGACUUGCAAUGAAGGAUGCAGCAGCAGCAGCAAAGGACAGCAGCCUACAGAAAGCCUCUGCAGAAAUGCUGAUGACUGGGGAAGAAUUCAGAUGAACAUGGCAAGGAAUUCUGGUUACAGGUCCUUCAACUUCAGAUGAAUUUAAUGUGUUCAUCAGCAUGCUCCCUC